AUGAGUUCUCUCAGACUCAAGUUGGAGAUGAUUUCAAAUUGGGGCGUUGGAGGAGCUUUCAUUCUUCUCUUUCACACGGUAGUGAAUCCAGAUCCCAUUUCUCCACUGAUUGCAGAGUAUGUUCCCUUUAGCGGUGAUAAAAGGUAUGCUACAACGCAAGGUGUUUUUAGAGGGUCGACGGUAAGCCAUGGAUUUGUUUCCAAACCUUAUGCACUUCAUGAGAAAAUUCCGUGGUGGCGAAGGUGCUUGUACUUGACAUCUGGGUCUUUGAGAAGUCUCUAUUCCACACAAGAACUUGAUGGUGUCUCUGUGGCCCUAAUCAUUCAAGGACUCGAUGCAGCUGUAGUAGGCGGAGGAGAGAAAAAGGGAAUGGAUGGGAAACUAGUGGGGAGAGAAGGGAUUGUUGUUGGAAAUGAAGGCAAAGUUGGCAUUGAAAAUGGAGAGGUGGAAGUGGGAAUAGUUGGAAGAGUUGGUUGUGGUAAUGUUGAUGGCAAUGGAGGAAUUGAAGUGGGAAUGGUUGGAAGAGUUGGUUGUGGCAAUGUUGAUGGCAAUGGAGGAAUUGAAGUGGGAAUGGUGGGGAGAGUUGGUUGUGGCAUGGUCGAUGGCAAUGGAGGUAGUCCCGUUGUUGGGAUAGGCAUGUUUGGAAUUUGAGGAAGAGGUUGUUGCUGAAGAAGAUGUCGUGAAGCCGAACAAGUAUUGAUCAUAAUAGUGGAAGAAAGAGUCACUAAGCAAGCAAUGAGAAAAAGCUUGUACGAGGCCAUCUUUGAUGUGUUGAUGAGUUUUAGAUUAUGGUUAAGCCACUCUCUUAUUGCUUCUUCGGUUUAUUGCUUUGUGUUGAUUAUAUGUUGUCAGUAUAUAUAGUGGCAAGAGUCUAUAUGGAUUACAAAAAAGCUUAUCACAGAUAUAAUAUUUUAUGGUUUUGGUAGGUGUAUUUUAUGGUUGGUUUGAGCCUUGUUAGUUCAACUUAUUGUAUUAUUUUAGACUAUAUUGACAAUUUUUUUUUUUUGUGGUCAACUAUAUUGCCAAUUCAAUAAUUUUAAUUUAAGUUAGUUCAACAAUCAAAACCCUAAACACAUGACUAAAAGAAUCUGCACCGGUGUAACAAAAUAGCUAACACAAGUUGGUCACCUAUAAGGCUUUAACAAUAGUAGAGAUGUAGUUGCUCGUUCUUGCUAUAAUACUUUUGUGUUGUCUAAUGACGAGGGAAGCCCAGUCGCAAGCGAUGAUUUUAAAGACAGAGGAAACUUCGUUAUAACAAGUUCUAAUGUGAUGGUGAAGAGGCUAAAAACUUGAUGAUAUAUUUAAAAGAAGAUGGAUAUCUCCCAUCUCAUGUAUAUUUGUUUGGCUCUCUUAUCCACCAUUAUGAAUAGACAGAAGAAUGAAUUAUCCUUAUCAUCUAAGUAACAAUUGAAAAUUGAAAUUGUGGUUACAUCUCGUUUGAGCUGUGAAAUUGUUACAAAUGGAUUCAUGUAUAUUGCAACUGAUUUAAAUGAAUACGUCAAAAUCUGAAGCAUUCCUCUCCAAGCCCAGUACUCAAGAAUCUGUUGCAAAGAGUACAUAAUCCAAUUAGCUAAUUAUGAUGAAAGAAGCAUAGUAGAAGAACAAAAAAAGGUGGAGAUAACAGAAUGAAGAUAUGAACGCUUUAAAAUUUUGAGGAUGAAUCCCCAAUAUGUCUCGGCAAGAACCACAAAUAAGCAAUCAAGAUAGCAUAAGACCGGAAUAUCCAAUCAAAUAGCCGCCAGGAAAUGAUCAUAAAGCUUCAUCAGAGGAAGAUCAA